GGUUUGGGUAAAAAGUGGCGACUUCAGACAGGGGACGGAACAGGAGAGGAACAUCGAUAGAUAGAAGGAGAUGGCGGUGAGAGGUAGAGCAGUAGAAACGCUGCCAAAGCUGAUGAGGAGCCUGAGGAAGGACUCGGCUUCUUCAACAGUGACUCGAACUCCAGCCUUGCCCUCCCUUAGACGCGCUUUCUCUCUCUACGAUCAGAUUAAUCUCAUCGACAAUGUUCCCGAUGACCAGCUUCGUUUCCAACGAUAUACGGAAACAGGAUUCACUGUGAACGGUGUCAACUAUGAAGGCAGCUUGCUUUGUGUGGGAAAUUUGGUCACUUCUUGGGGCCCCCGUAAAUUUUCUGAAAUUACUCCCCAAAGCUUAUCCAUCUUUCAAAUUAUACGACCUAUUCCAGAAAUUUUGAUUCUUGGCUGUGGAAGGUACAUUGAACCUGUAGAUCCGGAACUCAGACGCUUCAUCCGAUCUACUGGCAUGAAAUUGGAAGCCUUAGACUCGGCUCAGAAUUUGUUCUCCUGUUGCAGAGAAAUGCUGCAUCUACUUACAACAUACUGAACGAGGAAGGUAGAAUUGUGGCUGCUGCACUGCUCCCAUAUGGAGUUUCUUCAUGAACCUUGGUACUCCCAAUUUUUACGACUUGGGUUUUUGACUUUGUAGAUGAGAAAUUAUCAAAUGUUUGUGCAUAUAUUGAUACCGCGUGGGAAAAAUAAGCAGUUACCGUUCGAUGAUUGACUUUGAUGUCUGCUUCUAUUUUGUGCUUGGGUUUUUCUCUGUUUUUCACCCAAAUUUCAGGGAAGGUAGAGACCGUCUUCAUAAUGAGCUUUGAAUAAAAUUUAAUUGCUUAUGGUUCGUGACAAUCUAAAGUUGUAGGCAUUUUUGAAUUUGUUGUAGCUGUAGCUAAGCUAAGCUGAUAUGAGUAAAAGCAUUGCAGUGCAAGUACUUGAUUCAAACUUGAUGAUAUGCACCCUGGUAUCGGAAGGACUUUUUUUUUCCCCUUUCAUUGUGGUAAAAUAUAUUAUUCUUAUUAUUUA